GUAUUUUCGUUGCCCAGCAGAUAGUUCAGAGCUAGCAUAUGAUCCACCUGCAGUCAUGAAUGCAGAUACCUUGAGUUACUGUCAAAAAGAGGCCUGGUGUAAGCUAGCUUUCUAUCUCCUUUCCUUCUUCUACUAUCUGUACUGCAUGAUCUACACUUUGGUGAGCUCUUAA